UGCGCGCUCCCGCCUCCGCCUCCUCGCCGCCUCCGCCCGCCCGCCGCGCUGACUGUCGCGCUCCUUCCCUCCCCAGAGGAUGUCCUCCUUCCAGCUCAACCUCAACCCGCUCAAGGAGCCGCUCGGCUUCAUCAAGGUGCUCGAGUGGUUUGCCUCUAUCUUUGCUUUUGCCACGUGUGGAGGUUAUAAGGGUGAAACAAGAAUUAAUGUCACUUGUUCUCCUAAAUUUAAUGACAGUAAAACGAUUACAGCUGCUUUUGGUUAUCCAUUCAGGUUGAAUCAGGUAUCAUUUCAGGCACCUGAUGAUGUAAAAGCGUGUCCCGAUUGGACUGAAAAUGUCCUUGUUGGAGAUUAUGCUUCUUCUGCACAGUUCUAUGUCACAUUUGCCGUCUUUGUCUUCCUAUACUGCAUUGCUGCUCUUCUCCUUUAUAUUGGUUAUACAAGCCUGUAUCGGGAUAGUCGAAAGCUUCCCAUGAUUGACUUUGUCAUUACUCUUGUGGCCACAUUUUUGUGGCUGGUGAGCACUUCAGCCUGGGCUAAAGCUCUUACAGAUAUUAAACUAGCUACUGGUCAGAAUAUUGUCGAGGAAUUGACCUUUUGCAAGACUGAGAAAGGGAAGUGUCACUUUGACUCUGUGACUAGUAUGGGAUCUCUAAAUGUAUCUGUGAUCUUUGGCUUUCUGAAUAUGAUACUUUGGGGAGGAAAUGCAUGGUUUGUAUACAAGGAAACCAACUUACACAGUCCCUCAGACAACACGGCCUCCCAUGGCCAAGGAGGUAUUCCACCUCCUGCUGGAAUGUAAUGCAACGGAGAAAUACACUGGAUGAGAAAUUUGUCUGUACUAUUGACCUGUUGCCAACCUCUUGAAAACCAUUAUUUGUUUCUAAUAAAGUAAUGGCUUUUUCAGUAAAUUGGUGGGUUAAAAUUUUGCUGCUUUUUUACAUAAAGCCUGUGCCUUUCCUAGAAAUUGAAGAUGUAAAUGUAUUCUCACAUGUAAACUUCAGGGUCUAUUAUGAGCUGAGACACAAUUUUAAAAAUUAAUGGAAAUGUCUUCACUAAGUUGUUUGCCUUCCAAAGUGUUUACACCUUAAGCCUUAAUGUAUAACUUCAUUCAAAACAGAAUUAUAUUGUCAUAUCCUAAUAGAAAGAAAAUCUAUUUGGUAUAUACACUACUGUAAGUUUGUACAGAUCAUAUACCUAAGACAUAUCUUUGUUUAAGGAAACCUUGAUUAUAGAAGUCAUAUUUAGAAAAAAAUAGUUCAGAAUUUAUAUCUGAGCAUUGUUUAUAUGUUACAAAAAAUUUUAAUUGCAGACACUGGGUGUAUGUUUUAUUACUGUUUUUCUAAGUGGCCUAUAGUCAGUACCAAUGGCAUAUUAAAAUUGUUUGGGGAAUGGAGUUUGGAAAUUUCUAAUAGAUAAUGUAGUUGAUAUAGUCAUUCUAUUGCAUGAGAUCCUAUUAUGUUGGUUUUGCUGUUUAAAUAGAACAUGUUUCAGUAGAUCUGUGUUAUGUAUGGGCAUUACUCUUAAUGAUGGUUAUUUGCUAUCGUAUUGCUGUUGCUACAUACAUGCAGGCUGAAACCUGGUCUCCUUACAAGUAUAGUAAAAUAAUUCUUUUUUUUUUUUUUUUUUAGAUUCUAUGUAUAGGGUUAAAAAAUUAUGAGGCUUGCUCUUUCAAGCCUGUGUUCUCCCUUGGAUACACUCUCUCUUGACCCUUCUUUCUACUCUGUAGUAGCUCAUGUUCACAGUUGAAUACAUACAAAUGUAUUCCUCUCUGUUCUCCUCUCAUGUCUUCAAUAAAGACAUCUUGCUUUGCUAAAAAGACAAAAGAAAAAUUAUGAUUGCCUUAUACUUUUGAAAAAUCAAUAUUUAAAUUCAAUGAAGUUGCUAUUUUGAUAGCAUUAAUAUUGUGUAAAGAAAUGUGAUUCCCAUUUUAUGUUUCUUAAUGUUCGCUCUUACUUUACUAAAGGAUAAUUAAAGAAUUAUGCAUUGUUAACAGGUUGGAACAUAAGCGAAUUAUAUGGCUGCACAUACAUUUGGGAAUAUUCUGAAUCGAAGGCUUACUCACUUUUUGCUUUUUUGUUGUAUGGGGCAAGAUUUCCUAUUCUUAAGACACAGUUGUUUAUAUAUGAAGCACUUGUUAUUGCCUCAUUUUUUGCUUUUGUUAAUGACAAGAAUUGUCAGUAUGAAAAUGUGUAUAUUUUAUGCCACAACUUAAUAAAAA